AUGUCUAUUGAUCAGGCAUCACCACUAGUGCCCAUAAAGCCUCAGAUAACCUUGCAGAACAGUGCGUUUAUUAAGAACAGUCACAACAGGAGCAGUUUCUGCGGCGUGACUCCGUCGCCGACGAACGGCAACAGAACGUUUAAAACUUUCUCAGUUAAUCGCAAGAGUUGGAGUGGAAACGUAACUCUUCCCCUUCAACAGUAUGCGCUGGAUGAACCGGCGCCGAAGCUCGGGACCUUUCGCUCCGGGACAGGAACUUUUCCGAGAAACCGGGAACGGAACAAUAACAGUGCCUCCAACGGAAUAUUAACACCUAACGGGAACUCAGUGCAAACGCUCAAAGGAAAUGAAGUGAGAAGGAGCGGAUGUUCUAACGGCCGACGCUACGCUGAGAUCGGAAACUGGAGUAAAAGAAAUGCGACAUUCCUCGAACCGCACCUUCAAGGUGUGAGGCGGCGUGAUAGUCGAAGCUCUGACUCCGAACACGAUGAGAGAUCGACUGAAGAUGACGAGCGAUCGCUCAUUCGUAGUUCACCACGAACAAGGCUACCGCCUCCCCCGCCCCCGCCGCCAGACGACGAGCCCCCGCCGAUGAAGCCUCGAGAGUUCUUCGAAAGACUGCAAAGCCAAACAAUGAGAGAAGCCCAAGACAGGAAACAGAAAAGGGAUAUCAAGGAAUCAAAUCAUCUAUUUCGGCCUUUGGACGCUGAUGGCAGUCUAGGAGACAGUCUAAGUCAGAGUCGAGAGAGUCUAUCAUCAGAUGGUGAAGGGGCCAAAGGAGAUUGUUCUUCAGUUGGAUCUUCAGGAUCAGAUUCAGAAGAGCAACCGCCGUGCGACAUCGGUUUGUUAGAAAGACUAAUCAGAACCCACCCAGUAUGGUUUUUACCCGGAAUCCAGCGAGCUGGUGCUUUUCACCUUUUACAAGGAAAAGAAGAAGGGAAUUUUGUGGUUCGCCAAUCAAGUCAACCUGACACGAUGGCGAUCAGCGUCCGACUACCCGCAGAUAAAGGACCGUAUAUAGAGCAUUAUCUGAUACAAGCGGCGAGCGGCCGCAUUGGUCUCGAAACUUCACACAACCGCUUCGACAACAUACCUGAACUGAUCGCACAUUAUUCGCAAUGCUGCGACGAGUUACCAGUUCAACUUCAAUUACCGAGACCACUUCGAGAGGCGAAGAGUCGUCAUCAAUUAAGUUCCCUCGCCUUACUCGGCCAGGAAUUUUGGGGCUAUCCAAUGGCAAACCCAAAAAAUAAUCCAAAUAACCCACUUUCACCUUGUCAAUUAGCAAAUGGAGUAUUACCCAUGGCUGUUACACCGUCAGACACUGGAUCUAGUCUUAGCAGUUUUAAUGCAAGUACAGUUGCAAAUUCCCGAGAACAAAUUCUUAGUCCUGAUAAAGAUCAAAAUGUAGUUUUAAAGAUGUCACCUGUAGACACUUCAGGCUCCCCACCGAGUCAAAGCCAGAGCCUAAGUACGUUUAAGGGCAGAGUUGUCCCCCCGUCUCCACCUGCAAAACCUACGGGAACAUUUGUCAGAGCACCACGACCAACCCCACCAAAUACUUUAAAUCUAAUAUCGAGCACCGCGCAUAUAACACACCCUCAUACAUUUCCAACAACGAUUACCCAACAUUCCCCGACGCAUUUCAGUAACGCAAAAACGACUCCACCGCCUCCUCCUCCCCGAUGGGCCAAACCGCCAUUUCCAAAGCCAUCAUUAUCUCCUAAAUCAGAAGCUUUUAGUCCAAUUAACAAAAGUUCAAAUGGGAAUAUAAUAGUCACGACGACAGUAACAUUUAGCGUAAAUAAUACACAAAUACACAAUCACCAAAUUAAUGAAAGCAUACAAAGCGACCGGUUGCAACUAACGCUUGCGUCUAAUACCAUAAAUAAUAACAGCUCCGAUGCUGGGUUUAGCAUAAUGAACGGAGCAAAAAGCUUAACUGAGUCUAACGGAGAAUUGCAGAAUAUGAUGCACCGUCUUACACCAGAAGGAGAAUGUAUAAGUACAAUGUCAGCUAGUUUACACGGCAGCUUUAAAAGGCAGAUUAUUGAACAGAAUAGCACUGACGCUGGAUCACCAUUAGAACCCCAAUCUCAAACAAAUACAUCCGAAUCGGUCGAUCCCAUUGUAAAUACUAUGACGAAAUCAAGUAAUACUUUUCCUUCUAAUCAAUUAGUAUCCCCGAACGGGACAAAUUCUGUCACUAGUGGAAUUUUUUCUCCGACAAGUCAAAUUAAUUCACCGGUGUCUAACGAUACUAUUUCAUCUAAAAGUGGGGUGUUUUCACCAAUAAGUCAAACUAAUAAGAGUGAGGUAUUUUCACCCACUUCACGAACCUCACCAACAUCUAAUAAAAACGUAUUUUCUCCGAUUUCUAAUAAUUCUAUUACGUCUCCAAUGACCGGCAAAGAUAGAGCAAAAGUAUUAACUCCAAAUACUAAUACAACAAGUACUACCCCUUCUGGUCGAUCGAGGAGAAGUAAACACUCUAUGCGCAAGGAGUCCAGGCAUUAUCAGGAAUCAGAUAUCCUUGAGUCACCAGGAGUAUAUUACAGAAGUUCACUAAUGGAUAAAGUUAGCGAUUAUGAAGAUAUUUGGGGACCAGAAAGUAAUAAUUGCUCAACAUUUAAACCACCUAAGUCUGAAAAUGACAAUAAUUCAAGUAGCGGCAUUAUGAAAAGCAAAAGACCGGAUCUUUUACCAGAUACAUUACCAAAACUAAAUGCUGCGAAGAGCACUCAGUCAAUAUUAGAAAAAGAGAAUAUGAUAGUUCUGAAUUCAAUGGAAAGUUUGAAUGAGAAGCGAAAUUUCUCAGAUAAAUCGAUUAAGAAAAGCUUUAACGGAUCUAGUGAAAUUAUAGCGACUACAAACAGCAAGGGUGAAGUUGUAGCAAAGAGACCUGACAAGCUUAAUAUCGCUAUGAAUAUGAACAAGAAGUUGACUGAAGAGAUUGAAGCAGCGUUAAAAAUAAGGGAAAAUCAUAACAUUGAGAGUAUGGAAACCGUUAAAUUAGAAGAUGACUGCGUUAAAUGUGAAGAUUCUGAUAAAGAGCACGCUGGUAGUCCAUUCUAUGCUGAUCCUGUAGAUGCAAUAAAAGAAGCCGCUCUACUUCCAGUACAACGACGGAAGUUGUUAAGAUCUGGUAUUAACUUAUCGCAGAGAUAUUCUGAACCACCCACCCAGAGUCAUCAAUAUCACCCUCUGCGAGACAUGCAUAGUAUUGAAGAACUUUCACCGUCGUCCCCGAACACGUCGUCGUCGGCGGACAACCUGGCGCCGCGCCGGGCCGCGCCGCGCGUGAAGGCGGUGCAGCCGCCGCGGGUGGCGCGCGACCGCACGUGGGCCGUCGACUCCAGCUGGCAGUUCAUCAACAAACAAGACGAGUGCGCGAAUAGCGAGAGCGGAACAUUUCCUUCGCUCGCUGAACAAGAGAGUCGCUUGAGCGGAGUGGACGACGGUGCGCAGCACUUGACUGUACACCAAGUAGUCGCUCAGAGAUUCCCAGAGCUUCAUCUAAACGCAGAGCCUGUUGCGUUGCCUGAAGAAGUUCGUUCGCCGCCGCGCGGCUCUUGCUACGACAACGUACACGACUUGAGGCCUCUAUCUGAACAAGCAAGUGACGAUGGCACAGUAUUUUCCGAGCCGUGGGAUAGUUCGCAGUGGGAUGGCCUCAUACCACCCACGAACGUUCAACAGAACUAUGAUGCAGAUGAACCAUGUGAAUGGGAGUCACCGAUAAGUCGCCGCGGACCUGCGGCAGUAUCGCGUGCUAAGAGCUUCCGUGACAGAUUAGACCCCUUGCUAGCGGCGGGGCGGGUGCGCGCACUGCGAGGUGGCCGGAGCUCGCGCGGCGCGGGCGCGGCCUUGCGGGCGUACGCGCUGCAUCUCGCGCAGGAUAAGAGCACGACUUUCGCGCAGAACGUUGACAACUUCAUCGCCUGCACGCUGGACUCCAAAGAGACGUGCCCUCAGAUAAUGAUGCGUAAUAUGAGACAAUUUAUGUCCGGAAUGAAGAACUAUCUUGUGAAACACGGUGAGAGGGAGUUUGAAAAGGAGGUAGAAAAAGAAAGACUAAAGUUGAAGCCAACGGAGUUCUUAAACAUAGAUGCGAUAUUGGAAGGCGUGAUGCACAGACUCGUAGUACGUCCGUUACGGUCGAAGCUGUAUUCAUUACUCGCUUCAUGGCACUCCUCUGACGUACGACAGUUACACUCCGCUAUUGAAAAAGCACAAAAUGCCACACCUUUGCAGCUAGGAAUUAAAGAAUCAACAAAAGUACCAUCAUCAGCAGUCUUAUCAGUGAUCUCAAAACAUUUUCUGAAGAUGCAAGAAGCUGAUUCCCCGUUGGACAAACUUGAAAACCUUCUAGCUGCUAUCUCGGUUAUGUUUAAUGCGAUUCGCGGAGAGCGCGCGCUCGGCGCGGACGACUUGCUGCCCGUGCUGGCGUGGACGGUGGCGCGCUGCCGCCUCGUGUGCGCGGAGCUGGAGGCCGAGCUCAUGGCGGGGCUGCUGCCCGCCGCGCUGCUGGCGGGCGAGGGCGGCUACUACCUCACGGCGCUGUUCUCCGCCGUCGCCGUGCUCAAGAGGCUGGCCCCCGACUCCGGCCCGGACAGCUCUACUCCUUACAGCGAGUGCGCGCAGUGGCGGCGCGGGUCGCUGGAGGGCGCGCGCGAGGGCGGCGCGGCGGUGGUGCGCGUGGCGCUGCCGGACGAGUGCCGCGGCUCCAUCCGGCGCGUGGCGCUGCCGUGCCGGCCCGGCGCGCGCGCGCGCGACCUGUGCCGCGCGCUGGCGCACGCCGCCGCCAUCACCAACCCGCAGGACUACGCGCUCUUCGCGCUGCACGGCGGCCAGGAAACCAUGCUAAAUGAAAAUGACUGCCCACAAGAGGUGAUGUCAGAAAAAAAUGGACAAAACUUUAUACUGGCGUACAAGAGGAUAGACGCUAAAAUUGCGUGGCCUCAACAGGCUCUGUUGUCUUAUCCGUAAAUGACUUUCUCACUAGUGACGUAAGCGGAAAUCUCACUCAUUAAAUAACAUAAGGUACGGAGUAAACUUCUCAAUUAUUCCACG